CUUUAAGCACGCUCAGUGCGACAACAGGCAUGCAUGUCAACCAGGGUCAAGCGAGGCUAAAACGAGGAAAAGUGGUACUUUUCUCCGGGUCGACCGGAUUAAUACGGAGGAAUCGUAUAUGGCUUAGCGUAGCCACGCCCUUUAUAUUCGUUCCAGAUGCUCCAAAGGGGAUCCAUAAUCGCAACCGUCAACUGCAACAUCACCAACACGAACUUAAAUGCAACAUCUCCGUUUGUUGCUUUGAGCUUUUGGGCCCUGUGCAUGUGCAUCGCUCUUGGUCCUGGAUUCCAGAAUUGGCAUGACACUCACCGAUACCUACCACCUUGAUCCGACCAGAUAGAGCAAGGUCCACCAACCACACGUUGACCUAUCUGGGCUACCCUGUCCAGCCUUCUUCUACAUAAUUCAGCCAGACGCGCAUCAGUGUUCACCUUUCUUUGAGGUAUUACCACGCAAGCUUCGUACACGAAGGUAAAGCCAACGCGUGGCUGCCCCUAUUUUGUUGUUCCCGCCAUUGUUCCCCCACCUCCAUCGAAUAUACAGGGCUGCGCCUUUCUUUACCAGCAAUCGUGCUUCGACAGACAAGGCUCCUUUGAGGCGUACAGCAGCACUAUUCUCUUCGAUCUUCUAUGCGCUCACGCGAUUAUUAUCGUCCUGCCCUUACACCCGCCUAGCACUCCCUCUUUCUAAGUCCGGCACGACCGAUCAAGAAAUCAAAUUGUUGACCGCUUACUACGAAUCACCUUGCGCGCCCCGAUUGGAGAAGUGUUGGUAAAAUCUACAUUUACUCUCGAGUUCCUAGCCCGCUGAAGCACACAUUAUUGAACCAUCGAUCACAAAUUAGAGGACGAAGCGGACUGUCCAGAAGGCAGCCUAGAAAUUUUAUCCAACAACAUUAGGUAUCGAUAAAACGUCAAUCCACUCAAAUCAGUCUUUGACCGCUUUCAGGAAGCGUGAACUCCUUGAGGCCCAUUUUCAGGCAGCAGAUGCAGCAGCCAUACAACUCGGAAAAUGCGGCGGGGGACCAGAUGUUGCGUUGGAAUGGCAUGGGCGAUGCUUCGGGCUUCGUGAACAGGUUAGAUGGACUCAUGGAUGGAAAUGCGCAUGCUGGCAACUCGUUCGGGCUGGUGCUGGCACAGCCGCAGUAUCCCCAGCCUGUGCCGAUUCCAUCAAACUCGCUUGCUCGGCGACAGAUGAAUCGUGCGCUUGUUCCGACUAAUCCGCGGACAAACUUUGACGGAUCUGUUAAUGAAUGGGGAAAUUUUGUUGGCGAUGAAAAUGUCCUGCUUCGGCAGAACCCUUCCGAGAACCUGAACGAGCAGGACAACGUUGAGUGGUUGGAGGAGAUGGCGCAGAAGGCUAAAAGGGAAGCACAAGCAAAACGAAAGCGAAUCCCACCGUUUGUGCAAAAACUAAGCCGCUUUCUGGAAGAGCGCAAAAAUGAAGACUUAAUUCGAUGGUCGGAAAAAGGAGAUUCGUUCAUAGUACUAGACGAAGACGAAUUUGCCAAAACCUUGAUUCCAGAAUUAUUUAAGCAUAACAACUACGCGUCUUUUGUUCGACAGCUCAAUAUGUAUGGCUUCCACAAAUGUGUGGGUCUGUCCGAUAAUUCCAUGCGGGCAAGUGAGUCCAAGAACAAGGGCCCGAGCGAGUACUCUAACCCCUACUUCCGACGCGGCCAUCCUAACCUUUUGUGGCUUAUAAACAAGCCCAAGAGUGGCAGCAAGACAAAGAAAGACGCUAAAGGUGCCAAGGGCGACAAUGACAGCGAGGAAGAGGCCUGGAACGAGGAAGUACUUGGCCCAGGACUGGCAGCCUCAACUACCCAGCCCACUCAAUCCUUACCUGAUGGAGAGUCCCAACCCGUGCCUAAGAGGAAGGUUACAUUCAUACGAGAGGAGUUGAGCAAAGUUCGUGAUCAACAAAAGCUGAUUCUCGGCGCUAUCAAUCGACUGCAGAGAAACAACAACAACCUGUACAACCAGCUCGUCAUGCUCCAGAACCAACACGACCGUCACCAGAGGUCGAUCAACGCUAUUCUCAACUUUCUCGCCAACUUGUUCCGGAAAACGCUAGAAGAUCAGGGCAACUCGCAGGACGUGAGCGAUAUCAUCUCCAGCAUGAUCACGAACCAGAAUCAGCAGUCUACGCAGCAUGCAAGUGUCGUUGAUCUUGGAGACUUCAUUCAAGAGAUGGGUCCCACGACCUACGGCACACCUCGCAUGAAGGCUCGUGGGCUGCUGCCACCCAUCCCAAACCAGAACAACCGCGUCCAGUCAGCUAGGUCAUCAACUAUGCCUAGCAGCUCGGCGUACCAGCCCGUGGGCCAUCGCAAUCCCGAGAUGGGUAAUGUCACGGAAUUUGUUAAUGAUUCUCCAAUCGACUUGAAUUUUCCCAGUCUUCGCCAAGAGCUAGAAAAAAGCCCUCAUGAACGAAUGAAGGUUUUUAACGACCACAACGCAACCGACACUCACGGACUGGAUCUGCCAGAGACGGCCGACCUUGUCGCUAACGCGCCUAACACUCUAAUUAUCGACCAGGGGAGCAAGCAGGUCAAUUUCAUGGCUGGUCAGUCCUCGUCUGCACCCUCUAUCAGAUCAACUCCCGCCCCAAUCCCUGUCGCGGUAACAUCUGCUCCUCCCCAGAUCCCCAAGUCAAUCCCUCACAUGGCUACGCCAGCCAUGCCCACCUCAGCCUCUGUCUCACCUCCGCCGGUCGAAGCGAACCAGACAUCCUCAUUCUCCCCCAUAAUGCAACCAUCCAUGGCGCCGCGUUCUUUGAAUGAGAUCAAAGUGAAGCAGGUCGACCUAGAUCAACUCCAACGUCUACAGAACGAACAGGACGCCAAGAUCAGUAAGCUAGGUGAUUUACUUCGCCCGCUAAGCCCCGCUGGACAAAUCCCUGGUCUGGGUGAUGGCGAGGCGUACUUCGACCCUCAGCCGGUAGAUCUUGAUCAGUAUUUCGACAGCAAUGCUUUCUUGGGCGAUGGUCAUUUUGGCGCUGAUGGCAACGAUUUCAACUUCGCUCCUGACACGGACUCGAAUAGUCACAACAACAAUUCGUUGCUACACCCGGAACAAACGAUACCCCACGGAGGUACUACCAGUACUCUAAAUCCUGCGAGCACAGAAGAAAUUUCUCGCAAUGACCCGGGGCUAGAUAGUACCCCUGGCCGAGGAACCAAGCGACAACGUGUGGGCUAGUGGCCCCAGCCCUAGACCUUGUUUAAAGGCUGUCCAUGGCUGGGACGAGGAGCCCCGCCGGCGGUGUCUUGAGUCAUUUAACCUAGUAGAUGGUGAGCGACAGAAGCCGAAGGAUGGUUCCAUCCACUCGACAAGGGGCAAUUUUGGAAUUGGAGGAUGACAGGACCACCAUCCAUACUUGGGCAUUGUAGAGUAGAGGGAGCUCUACCCACUUCUCUACCCUACCCGGGUAGAGUGGUUAGAUUGGUGGAUAGACUAUAAGGUAGGUAGGGAAGGCAGAUGCUGUAUAUAUGCUCAAUUCUUCGUAAUAAGCCACCUUGUAUUAUACAUCCCAGCCCUCUUCAUCGAAAUCAAUAUUCAUUUCAUCAUCCAUCUCCACAGCCUCUACCAUCAUCGCUAGCUGCUCUUCCGAAGAGAUGAGCUUCCUCGCGAACCAGUUGCCCAUGCACUCUAACCUCUGGAGGUUCUCUGGCGAUAACCUAAGCCUAUCCCAGCUCCGCGUACGGCGUGCGACCGAGAAUUGUUGUUCUGGUCCAGCGGAGGAGGGUGCGAUUGAGAGAAUAUUGAUGGCCAUACGGUGGAGACGAGGAUAGCGCCGGCGUUGCUCUGGAACUAACCACCACUGAAGAGGAGUUAUCUUUGGAGCAUCAAGAUCGAUAGUUUUAUCUUCAAUAAAUGCCGUAAACGUAUCUUCAUCCUCUUGCGAAGUAGGUUGAACUCUUAGACGACGUUUCAGCCGGUCUAAUUCAUUCUCUA